CUUCAGACAAAAGAUGUGCAACUUCUUAAUAUCCUCUUCUUUAGGGGAAAAAGCUUAACUGUGAAGAUGAUAGAUCCAUUAGCAAACAACUUGUUUGAUCUUCCUGAGUAUGAUGAUACAGAAGAUGAAACAUUUCCACCUCUUCCACCUCCUUCCUCCACAGGGAGAGAUGAUGUUGAAGGAGCCCUCACCAAUGAAGAGCAAGAUGGAAAUAAACCAUCCCAAACGAAGGAUUCUACUGUGUCUACACAGAAAGCAAUUAAAAGGCCGAUACCUAAAUUAGAUGCUCAAAGGUUAAUUUCAGAGAGAGGACUUCCAGCCUUGCGACAUGUAUUUGAUAAUGCAAAAUUUAAGGGUAAAGGACAUGAGACAGAGGACUUGAAGACACUUUUAAGACACGUGGAACACUGGGCUCAUAGGCUGUUUCCGAAACUGCAGUUUGAUGAUUUCAUGGAGAGAGUAGAGUCUUUGGGAAAUAAAAAGGAAGUUCAAACCUGCUUAAAGCGAAUUAGACUUGAUCUUCCAAUUUUACAUGAAGAUUUUACAAGUAAUGAAGGCAUUGGAGGGGGAAAUAAUGGGCUCAAAAUGUCUCCUGAAGAAGAAUUAGACCCCUUUUCUCAAAAUGUGAAGGAAGAAUUUGAUUCUCACUCAAGUACUGCCUUAACAGAGGAGCAACAGCGAAGAAUUGAGAGGAACCGGCAACUAGCCUUGGAAAGAAGACAGGCAAAGAUGCAAUUUAACAGUCAGUCACAAGAAAAUGAUCUGUCUGCCACCCAGCCAAAUGAAGAAUUUAAGACAAUGGAGGCUCAGGAUGACCUGACAGAAGUAGAAAUUCAAGCCGCUGAAGCUGAAGUUGCUGAUAGUGAAGCUGUGGACAAAGAUAUACAACUUAAAUGUGCAGAAGAAAUCAAAUAACUUUGUCUGGAUACAAUGAUGUUUUAGAAAGACCCAGAUAUCUUAAUGUGCUCAAGUGUCAUUGACUUCUCUCCCCACUCCCCCCCCGGACGUUCUGUGGAAAUCUUAUUCGUGACAUCAAUGUAGCUGGACAAAAUUAAUCUGUUUCCCUGGGUAAAAAAGCAGAUAUCAGCUCUUAAGGUGUCAGAGAAAACAGCUACUAUUCAGGAAAGGAGCACAACUACUCUGCAUUUCAACUGUUGUUGUUUUUUUUAAACUCGCUUUUUCUAAAGUGACAAAAGGUAUCAGUGAAAAUAUUGACAUUAAUUUCUUGGAACUAUACUAUGAAGUGACUUUUUUUUACAAUUGACAUUCCUCAAGCUUAACUUACCUGGGUCUUGAAAGCCUGAGUUUGUAUAAAUUUUUUUACAUCCUGUUAAUUUUUUUUUUUUUAUAGAACACAAGUGAUGGUUCAGUGUCAGGAACUUCUUGCUCAGUAUGAACAUUCACCAUCUUCACUCUUCUGAAGCAUUUUGUAACAAUACUUCAUGUUAUGAAAUGCUUGUAUUUUAGUAAGUUAUUUUAUACAGCACCUUGAAAGUUAUUAAAUUUUGGAAACCAAAUUUGAAAAAUAUUCUCUACAUAACAUUAUGAUGGCCCACAAAUUCUCUAUGGCACAAAUUUGUCAAUCAAAUGUGCUCUAAACAUACUCUACUAAUUGAUGGUGCUUAAGUCAUGAGAAAAUCACAUGACAAGAAGUUAAGUAGCUUCAGAUUUACAAUUGUUAAAGCGUUCUGUGGUCAAGGGGGGGGUAUUUGAUAAUUCUGGUUAUCUUUUUAAAGGAUUUUUGCCUCCUACAACAAGUGCUAUGUAUUUAUUCCCCUGUUUUAGGGGAAGUUACGUUUCUGUUGAAGGGACAAGGUCAGACUAUAUAAACUCAAUUAAAUUUUUAUUUUAGGGAAGGGAGUAAGCAUUAAAAGCUUGAAAAACUUCAUUGAAAAUUAAGUUAGAAUAGAUUUUUUUGAGUUGAUAGUAUACUAAUACAAUAAAGUUGAAGUGAAAUGGA